CACAGGCAAAGCGCUCGCUCCUCUCCAUACAGCAGUUACACUGAGCCACAGCUGCAACGAUAACAUACACAUCUCUACUCUCAGCAGUCAACACAUAAACGUCCUCGACAGAUGCUUUUUUUCUCGCCAAACCUGAGCGACUUCUUCAGCGGUAUCUCUCUGUUGUAAAACGCCCGCGUUAGAGGUUCAUAUAAAAGUUUUUGUGAAAACCGCGGAACGGAUGUGAGUGUCUCAGUCUUUCAGUCUUCAGCUUUCACCUUCUCUCUCAUUUGCGUUGCGAUCUCUGAGUAAGAGAGGAACACAAAAUCUAGUGGAAAGGCAAUAGGGACCGGUUGAUGAUUUUACUGAAAUGGACGUGAGAUUUUAUCCACAGCCUCCAUCAGCAACAGAUCCUUCCCGACUGGGACAGUCGCACUAUUCGGACUCUCCGUACUGCAAUAAGUACAACAGUGAAAACAUGUUCAUGAGUAUGCCAGAGCCCAGCCAGGACUUUGUGCCAGGGAACCAGUUUCGCAUACCUGCCAGUCCCAGCCAGACGCAGCAUGGCAACAAACAGGCCGGCGGCCACUGGAAAAGAGAGAACCAUACACACACGGACGGCCCGCGUCUGACAUGGUCCUACCCAGUGCCCAGUCUUGGGGACGAAGACUUCAACAUCCCCCCCAUCACUCCCCCCACCCUUCCUGAACACAUGCUGGCACACUUGCCCGAAUCUGAGUCCGGAGCAUACCAUCCCCUGUGUUCCCCUGUCUCCCAGAAUGGACUGCACCACUUUCACCUGCAAGGAAUGGACCUGCCUGGCAUGUCAGUCCCAAACAUGUUGGGCCAAGAUGGAGGCCUGCUCACUAACUCUCUGUCAGUGAUGCAGCAAAUGGUCAAUUCAGACUCCCGUUACGGUGGUCAUCCUCAGGUGGACACACUGAGACCCAGAAUACAGCCUGGCAUGGUUUCCCAAGGUCAGCUGACUACUAUCAACCAAUCACAACUCAAUUCCCAGUUGGGGUUAAACAGCAACAAUGGCACCCAUGGCUCCCCAUCUCCACCGGAGAGCAAGUCAGCCACACCCUCCCCCUCCAGCUCAGUGCAUGAGGACGAUGCAGAUGAUGCUGCCAAGAUAAACGGGGCAGAGAAAAGAGCAGCCACAGAUAUGGCCAAAAAGCCCAAAACCCCCAAGAAGAAGAAGAAGAAAGACCCGAACGAGCCCCAGAAGCCGGUGUCGGCGUACGCCUUGUUCUUUAGAGACACACAGGCAGCAAUCAAAGGCCAAAAUCCUAAUGCCACAUUUGGGGAGGUUUCCAAAAUAGUGGCAUCCAUGUGGGACGGUCUGGGAGAGGAACAGAAACAGGUGUACAAGAAAAAAACCGAGACCGCAAAGAAGGAGUAUCUCAAACAGCUGGCAGCGUACAGAGCGAGCCUUGUGUCUCAGAGCUACAAUGACCCGGGGGAUGUGAAGGCAUCGCAGGCUUCCCAGAUGCUUGGACCCAAGCCACCAGUUUUCUCUGGUGCUGGUCAGUCUCACCCAGGUCUCUAUAUGAGUCAUCCAUACCACCAGCAGUCAGGACUCAGUUCCCACCUGCCACCAAUGCAGCAGGGCCUUGCCCGAGUCGGCGCGUCCCGGCCCAGCGUGCCCAUGGGCAGCAUGGGCAGCAUGGCGGGCUCAUCCCCCCCUCCUCUGCAGAUCAGCCCACCCUUACAUCAGCAUCUCAGCCUCCACCAGCAACAACAGCAGCUCAGCAGCCACCCGUUGCCCCUGCACUCCCCCUCCAUGGCCCAGGGUUUCCCUCUUCAGGCAGAGUAUCAGAGCAUGGUAAAUGUCACAUCCUCCGGCGGACCCGGUCUGUCCCCUUCAAUGGACUACCGCACUGGCUGCAGGAAUGGACCGACCCAGGGCUUGGACUGGACCUCUGACUACUGCGGCAACGGCGCUCUGCAGAGGGACAAAGCCCUGUAUCUGACCUGAUUGACAUCAUCACCCACACGAUCCUUCAUGCUCACAGGACCAAGGCAGUUCCUCAUCCCAAUCCAGCUAUUUAGGGCCUGAUUAUUCAGGCCUUAUUUUAGACUAGCCACAAUCCACGCAUCAGCAAAACAAUGUUUGAAUGUUUUCUUUCCCAUGGCUCACACUUUAGUACACCGACCGUGGUGGGUGUGGAAUUUGUAUCUCCUUUUAGCUUCUGACAUUCAGACAUAUUUCGGAUCUUUAAAAUAGAAUUCAAAGCAUGAACAUGUAAAUUGUAUGCUAAAUUUGUUUAAAUGCAAUCACCUCGCUAAUGCUAGUGACUUUUUAAUGGCCUCCUAUUGUUCUGGGUCCUCGUUACGUACCUAAUAAUAAUAAGAGGCGGCGUAUGAAAAACUCUAGACUCGUGUUUUGUUGAAGACGGCUCACGGUUUAAGAAAUUGCGUAGGUCAAUUGGCCUCGCGGGAAGGUUGCGUCAGUCCACCGGUUUCUAAGCACUUACUGCUGUGUGUCAGGAACUCCAAGCUCUUACAAACAGCAGAACGAAAACCAAAACAGAACUUAUUUUGUAUAAACAGGAAAAUCGCAUUCUGAAAAAGAGAAAAACCCACACAAAAGAAUGUGGAUGAUAUGACUCCUGCAUUUCUUUCUCACCCCUUUUCUCGUUGUAUCAUUCUUCCUCUCUAUAAUGAUCUUUUCUUGUCAACUGCCUUAGAAAGAGAGAGUUCUGUUGUAAGUAUAAAACAGUGGCUCGUAGGAACGUUACGAGCGACCGGAUGGGUUUCAAACUGUAUAUAAAUCUGUGUUACUCCUAGAGUAUAAGAAUUAAACUUUUUUUCUAGUAACAAUGUGAGAUUUUGAAUUGGGCCGCGCCAGUUCGUUUCAAACUCAAAGAGGGAUAAUCGGCCGAGAGGAGAAAGUGCUUGGCAUGGAAAGUUUGGACUAAAAAGAGACUAAAGAAGUAUUUCUUUGACCAGGUUUAAUAAAGUAAAGGUUGAUUCGGACAACCUGUGAGGUAGCAUGCAAUGAAACGACGAUUCGAGUUCGUUUAAGAAAGUACUAAAGAAAAAGUUUAUUUUGUAUUACGCAAAAUACUUCUUUUGUAUCACUUCUGGCAUAUUGAUUAAUGUCAUCCAAACUAUGUGUAUGAAACUGUCAGAUGCUUAUAUGGUGUUAAUUAGAAGAAACAGUGGCAGAUUGGAGAGUUUGCUGUAUAACCCCGGCAUAUGGCUGAUCAUUACUAUUCCUCUACACUGUGUCUAUAUGAGAUCUUUUUAUGGUACUUGUUUGCGCCUAUUUAUGAAGGAAAAAAUUAACUGUAGGUGUUUCUGAGUAAUUAUGUUAGAGUUCCAGGGAUGUUUUUCUGUUCAUUUGUUUUGACAGAAUCGAUCCAGGCAACAAUGUGAAUAAUUCUUAUUUAGUUUUUAUUGUGUUUGAAAAUAAAUAAAGGCAAACCUGCAUUUUUGUGCAGUAAAUAAUCAAA